AGAGGGUUUGCACAUUCUAUUCGAAGCGCCUAUAUUACAUUGACGAAAAAUUUGUGGAAGAACAAGAAUUUGCAAGUCAGCUGUUGCAGACGAAUGUUUCUUGUGAAUUAUACAAAGAAUGUCGAAGUCUAAACAGAUUAUUGUUAGAGUUCAGUCACCAGAACAUGGGACAAAGAGAAUUGAAUCAAAACCUUCAGAAACAAUAGCAGACUUCUUAAACAAGAUUCAGCAGGAGUUUGGAUUAGGAGACACUGGCUGGAAUGUCUACAAAUCUCGAGAUAAGAAAGACUGGAUCAGGACGUCCAGGGCCAAAACUCUGGAUACCUACAAAAUCAAACAUGGAGACAUGUUGUUUCUGUUGUCCUCAGACCGCAAACAGAGUAAUGCCAGCUUGGACAGUACCAGUAUGAAUAGUGCCUCAGGUACCUCCAAUAUCACAGGAGACAUGGGCUCUGUCAGUAUCUCUGGCUCCUCAAUGUCCUCAGGCUCCUCACAAUCUGUUGUUGAGGAUGAGGUGGAUCAGAUUCUCUACAAAGAAGAUGGCAAAAUCUACAGGAGUAGAAAUGAACAACUCUGUCGCCAUGGACCUCAGGGUAAAUGUCUGCACUGUGUCCCUCUGGAACCAUAUGAUGAGGAGUUUCUAAACAGCUGUGACCCUCCAAUAAAAUUUCUAUCAUUUCAUUCCUACAUCAGAAAACUUACAGGAGGUGCUGAUAAAGGAAAAUUUGUUUCCUUAGAGAAUCUUAGUUGUAAGAUUAAGCCUGGGUGUACAGAACAUCCGCCAUGGCCAGGAGGUAUCUGUACGAAAUGUCAGCCAAACGCAGUCACUCUCAACAGACAGAGAUACAGACAUGUAGACUAUGUGAUGUUUGAGAAUGCCUCCAUUGUUGACCGAUUCUUGAACUACUGGCGAAGAACAGGAAACCAACGGCUAGGAAUUAUGUAUGGUCGAUAUGAGCCACAUAAGGACACGCCCCUUGGUAUCAAGGCUACUGUAGCUGCUAUCUACGAACCUCCACAGAAAAGUAGCAAAAAUGUGCUAGAGUUACUUGAAGACCCUUUGGAAGGUCAAGUGAACCGGUUGGCAGAGGCAGUGGGUAUUCGUCCGGUGGGUUGGAUAUUCACUGAUCUGCUUGCAGAUGAUCUCAACAAAGGCACCGUCAAGCACUUUCGAGGAAAUAUAAAUUCUCAUUUUCUGAGUGCACAAGAAUGUAUCAUGGCUGCUGACUAUCAAAACAAGUACACUAAUCCUUGCAAAUUGUCUCCAGAUGGACACUUUGGAUCCAAGUUUGUCACUGUAGUAGUCACAGGUGAUGCGUCCGAUCAGAUUCACUUUGAGGGAUACCAGGUUUCCAAUCAGUGUAUGGCCCUGGUGAACGAUGACUGCCUGAUUCCAACAAAGGACGCCCCAGAGCUGGGCUAUAUCAAAGAAUCAUCAGAAAAGCAAUAUGUACCCGAUGUAUUUUAUAAGGUCAAGGAUACGUAUGGUAACGAGGUCACUCAGUUGGCUAGACCAUUACCAGUGGAGUAUUUACUGGUGGAUAUGCCUGCAGCUUUUCCACUUUCUGCUCAGUACACGUUCAAAGCUCAUCUCCACACUGAAGCUAAACUGUUUCAUGUGGAAAACAGACAGGAAAUUGGAGAAACACAGGACUACACCUCGCUGUCCUCUUAUCUACAACAGUUCCCUCCCGACAGGUUCCUAGAAGCUGUCUCUGACUUCCAUCUUCUGGUUUUCCUUGCAACAUCAGAUAUGAUUCCAUUGAAUAUGAACACCAUAGCACCAUUACUGGAAGCAGUAAAAACAAACAAUGUAGACAUAGCAUUUCAUUUUAAGAAAUGCCAAGAAUGGGCGACUGUAGAAGAAAUCAUGGCUGCUCAUGAAGCUACUCCCCGAGUUCAGAGAGAGCCGUCUUACGUUGGUCCGGGUGCCUCCCCAUUACCCCCCAUCGGCUCGGGGGCUGGGAUGUGGACUUGUGCUCACUGUACCUACCUUAAUGUACCCGAGAAAUCAGCGUGUGAUAUGUGCUCUCUACCAAAGUAACAGAGAAAAUUACAAUUAGUGACAUUUUUGAUUUACCACAUUCUAGAAUGCAUGUUCUGCUGCAUGUAGAGGCAACUCAGUUAAAAGCAAGAGUUUUCUAUUUAUUUGUAUUACAGCUAAACUGCGUCUUGGUUUAUUUAUCCUCAGGUAAGAGCAAAGAAAUUAGAAACACAAACAUUGUUGUAUUUAUUGGGCUAUUUAUAUUUCUAAGUAUUGCUGAAGACAAGAGUUACUCAUCCUGAAUGAUAGGGGUACAGCAUCUAAUAUAGUGCUAUUUUUGUUAUAAGUGUAAUUCAAAAGUGCUAAUAAUUAAUUGAAAUGCCAACAUGUUAUAUGUAUUUCAGUGAAAAGCACAAGAAUUAAAGUUUUCUGAUUAACUUUGGUUUUUUAUUGUUCUGGAAUUGUGUCCAGAAAGAAACCUUUUUUGUUUUUUGUGAUCUUUUCUUUUGAAAAUUCUAUUUACAGUAAUUAACAGUUCUAUCUAUUGAUGACCAUUAGACCUACAAUCAAUGGAACUGUUUAAGUAAUUUUCAGAUAACAAAUUUUGUCAAAAUUAGAGAAAAAGCAAGAAACCAUUCUAUUUUAUGAAAAUGCCAAGUAGUUAUUUUUCCCCAAUAAUUGACAUGCAAUUCAACUUGUAAAAAGUCAUUAAAUAUUUGAAAAGAA